AUGGUAAUAGACUGUAUACUUCAGGCAGCGAGUGCCCUUUACUUUCGACGUAUAUUCACAACGGAUCUACCCAAUGAGACGCCAGAUCCGGAGAAGUACACUCGUUUAGUCUCACUUCUUCUACGAAUAAUAUCGAAUGAAUCGCACCCAGUUGAGACACGAGUCAAUGCAGCAUGGGCUGUUACGAAUAUGGCAUGUAUGUCGGAGAAAGUAAAUCAUAUAAUCGUUGACCAGGACGGAAUCCAAGCUUUGCUAGCUGGUGUCAUAUCUGGUACAGGAGAAUUCCGUAUCCAGUGCAUUUGGGCACUGGGCAACAUAGCUGCCGACUGCGCUGACUGCAAGAGGAAAUGUCGCGAAACAGGGCUUCUUACCGUGAUAGCCCGUAUACUCGUUCAAGGAACCCACACCGAGCUGAGUGACCUGAAGAAUAUUGUAUGGUGUGCAAUGAACGUGAUGCGUGGUGGUCUCCGAAACAGUACCGUACCACUUCCAACGAUACAAAUGUUGGUGUCGUCCCUACAUGAAAUCGCAAAACGGUAUGCCGUCUGGACCGACCUCGCCAAAGAUUGCUUAUGGACGUUGGCGUCUAUAGCUGACGAUAUGCAUCAGGGAACUCAGAUCGAAGUAGUACUGAACGAGCCAGGCUUGGUAGAUUUGGCAUUCGAGAUUCUGGAUUCGGAAUGCAUGUGGACAAUUGUCAACUUACUUACUGGAGCAAGUGUCGAUAAAACACGGUUCAUGGUCGCAGCAGGUAUAUUCUACGUGAUUCCUGCACUGCUAUCGACCGCAGAUUUUCGAUUGACUGAGCGAACAUUACAAGCAAUGCGCUUGCUAUUACCCUUCUAUCCAGAACAUGCUAUAUAUGUGAAAGAUUCGAAUAUGUUGGGAUUAGUUAGGCCAAGAUUUGUUGAGACUGACACACAUAUACAGGAACCAGUCAUACAAUACUAUAUUGUGUCCGGAGGGUUAUGUCGCACUAACGACGAAGAUUUCGGAUUUCCUGCCUUUGUACUUUUCUGGAGACAUCUGCGCUACACUUAUUACGCAUUCGCUUGGACUCAGUCAAGUGACAAGGACGCUGCAGUGAAAGCUCUCAUGGAGGCAGAAGAAGAUAAGAUACAGUUGAGUAUUAGCUGCGAGUUUGUUCAGUUCAGUUCACUGCCAGAUGAAAUGGUGAAAAAUGAGGAUGAAGAUGAUUACUAUACAACUACUGUUUACCAUAUAACUUCACCUGCUAAGAACUACUUCAUGCAGAAGAGAGCACCUGCUAAGAACUACUUCAUGCAGAAGAGCGGGAGCUCAUCGUUGUGA